AAUGCUUAAAGCAACCACACACACAAAGCAAACAAAUUUUGCUUGAAAACAGAGAUUGAAAACACAAAUUGGAGAAAUGGAACCAAACGAUGAGGUUGUUGAGCGCCAGAAGCUAGUGCCAAAUGAUGUGGAGACCGAGGAGGAAGCAAAAUCAGCCCAAACACCUGCCACGCCCGUUGCGGUGCCAAAGAUCAAUAUUAAAGGCAUAUCGAGUGGCGAAACAACGCGUAGUCGCAACUCAGCCUCGUGUUCCAUUGAGCGCACCAUCUCAGAGAAGGGUCAAGGUGCCGGCAGCAGCCAACAAGGUCAACAGGCUUCAGCCAAAACAACACUGCAAUAUGUCAACGAACGGCGACCACGCCCACACGCACAAUCAUCAGCAGCUGGGGGAGGCGGCGACGAACGGUUUGAGUUUAAAACGCGUCCACGCAAAUUGCUGAAAGCAGAUGGUCAUCCGCUGGACGCGAUGCACAGCAGCGAGCACAGCUUAAACAGCAUUACACUGGUAAGCAGCGAGUGGUUAUCCCCUGAUCCCGCCACCAACACCUCGAACCCAAGCCAAAGCUCCAACCACAACGACAACAACAAUAAUAAGAAUAACGGCAGCAACACAAACACGCCAAGCAUGCAGCGUCGCAAGGGGCAGCAAGAGCAGACAGUGCCACAUGCCCCACCAUUGACAAUGCCCCAUGCCAAUGCUAAUGGCAAUGCCAGCGUUCACAGCGACAAGUUCGAUGAGCGUCCGAUUAAACAUCAUUCUUUUGUCUCCGAAGUGCCCGAUGUGAAGCACAUGGAACGUGCACUGCUUGGACUUCUCGAUGAUUUUCACUCCGGCAAGCUGAAGGCGUUUGGAUCGGGCUGCACCAUGGACCAGAUGACCAAGAUACGCGAACAACAGGAGAGCUUAGCCAAAUUGCAUUUCGAGCUGGCCGCCGCCGAGGAGGAUUCUCUAGAGCAUGGCAAUGAGUUCAACACGAGUCGUGCCCAGGAGAAUAUGCUGCAGCUGAUGCAGCGCCUCGAACAGUUGUCCAUCUCCAUUGAGCAGCUGCAGACGAGUCACACGGGUCUCUGAGAUUUGGCCAACCUGCUGCCGACGAUCAACACGCUUGGGGAUCGUUUGCUGCUGCUCUGAUUCUUUGACUCUUGAAUCAUCUCUGACUCUUGACAUUGACGACAACGUUCACUUCGGACUUGUGUACAUAUUUAAGUUAAACAAUUAAGUAGUAAGAAUUUUUAUAAGCUUCCAACUGCUAUAUACGACAAACCGUAUAGCAGAAUAUAGUUAAGCCGAACUUUUGCAAAACAUUGUGAAUUGAAUUAGAUGGUAGUCGGUUUUUAUUAGCCACGUUAAGUGCACAUAAAUUGUAGCUUUAUCCUCUAUCCAUUUUUCCAACUGACUAGCUUCGAUUUCAAUGUAAUCUGUUCAAUUAAUAACCAUAUGUGUUUUUGUUAAAGUUAUUUGCAUCAUUCAAUUGAUUAAAAGUUAAUACUUUUAUAUAACAGA